AUGUACGCCUGGAGGAAGCUCAGCCACCGUUUUCAUCGGUUCAAUGGACAACCCGAACAUCCCCCACACAAUCAAACCAUACGCUCGAAAAGGCUUCACGCUUGCCAUGUAUUCCGUCUCCGCUUUCCAAAUAAAGGCAGUGCCGCCCGAAAAACUCCCCCAUUGUACAAAAACCCUAGACGCCCGGCCAUCCUCUUCUCCACCGCUAGAAUAGCCCUAAACUACUUCCACAGCGUGAGCGACGUGAUGGUCCCGCUCUUUACCGUCCCAACGCUUCAACCGAACGUUAUCUUCCUCGUCACCAACCACAAUGCUUCUUGCGUCACUUCCGUGCAUAGAAAAACCAUAGAAACUCUCUCCAAAUACGAGGUGGUCGACAUCGAUAGAGACAAGAAUCGAACUCUUUGCUUCACAAAUUUGAUUGUGGGACUCAAAGCUCAUCCAUCCGACCUUUCCAUUGAUCCCUCCGUUGUCGAGCCUUUCCACCCGAAACCUCACCAGGCUUUUACGCACCACCUACUCCUUGAAGAGAGACUUAGUGGGCGACCAUAUUCGGCCCGGAUGCUCAUUGUUUCUAGAACGAAAAAUCGUAAGCUGAUGAAUGAGCUCGAGCUGCUCAAGCUAGCACGGAUGCUUGGCUUCGAUCCCGCUAUACAUGAUUUAGGAGAUCAUGUUGAGUACUCUGCCAAAAUCGUUAACACAUUCGACAUCAUGGUCGCAGUUCAUGGAUCUGCUCUCACAAACAUGCUCUUUCUACCUGAAAAUGCUGUUGUGAUCCAAAUCAUACCGUGGGGGCUGGAUGAUCAGGCGAGGAUGUGCUUUGCGAAGAAUCCGCAGGAGAUGAAGUUGAAGUAUUUGGAGUAUAAGAUCGCACCAAAUGAGAGCUCAUUUUUGGGGAAUUAUUCCAAAGACAGUCUACUAUACACAAACCCUCUCAAAUAUCGUGACAAUAUAGGACAACCAGCUUAUUUCACGCUCCUAGUGAAUAAACAAAAUGUCAAUCUUGAUUUAGCCCGCUUUAAGGAUACCCUAUUGAAAGCCUUGGACCUCAUGGCUGCUUAA